AUGGUGGUGUGCACAAAUAACCAAACGGCUGAAUGGGUCCGUAAAAAUGCAGCUAUUGCAAUAAAUGCUAAACUGGGCGCCAAAGUGGUUGAAGAGUCGGAGUUCCCAAAAACACACUUGGUGCGAGGAUACUUUCCACACAGUUGGGAUUUUGAAAACACCAAGGUUCUUGCCACAAUUGAGGCCCAGAACAGAAUUAAAGCAAGCACCUGGAAAGUAUUACAGCGGACCGCAGAAGGUUCACUACUCCACAUCGUCUUUGCUGUCGACGAUGCAUCCUGGAACUCAUUGGUCCAGAGUGGAGGUAGAAUUGCAUAUCGCUUCAACCAUGUCAAGCUACUGCUUAAAACUAACAGUAUAAUAAAGGAAGGGCAGCCAGAACAACGGCCUGUGGAACAAAAGGUUCCAAACAAACUUCAGAUCACAAGGACGGAGAAACAGAAAGAGGAGCACGUGGUUCCACAAUCAAUACUUACGUCUACUGUGACUCCCAAUGAGGCCCCAACUACUAGUAGAGCCGCCAUUCAAAAAAGGCUUUCGAUGCGGCCACGUGUGGGUGAAGUAUUAACAACUCCCAAAGAGCACCAGAAGGAAAGAGGGCCACGAAGAGCACGACUUCAGAAGGAAGUCGAACGCUCUCUUAAUAAAACUCAACCAAAAUGA